CCCGGUCACGUGAAGAGGCUUCCAUAACGUAACUUUGGGCGCUCUGGUUUUGGGGUUUAGAAAAUUACCAGAAAUCUCAGUGUUGAAAAGUAAUCCCGGUAUACCGUUUCCUUGGCACAUAAUGUGGAGGGUUUUAGGCCUGGUGAUCCUGACAUCGUCAGCAACGGUCGAAGCCAGUUUCUUCGAGGUGCAGUACCCCAACGUUGACGUAUUCUCAGAGGAGAAUGGAAAUGUAACCGUGCAGGCCGGAGAAUCAGGCAAUAUACUUAUCACACCCGGGGCUGGAGGGAAAGUGUACAUUGGAGAUACAGUGUUCUCUGAACUUGCAACGAUAAUCUUGAGCUUACCACCUAUUUGGUCCCAAAGUCUCGGCGAUGGAAGACUGGGCACAUUUUCGUCAGGCCAACCUAUAUCUGUGAGAGUCCUGGCAGAGGAUCCUGAGAGGGGGCCAGUCAAGUACGAAAGGAUAUCGGGAGCUUUGCCCGCUAAUGUGGUCAUUGAUAGUAACACUGGGCGAAUCCACGGCAAACCUCCAGACUAUGACGCCUUGUACAAGUUUGGGAUCAGAGCCACGGAUAACCAUGGGAAAUAUGCGGAUUCCGUGUUCACAAUAGACGUUAGAGCUGUAAAUCAGUGCGACCCCAAACCGUGUAAAAAUGGCGGGAGCUGCACAGACGGCGCAGACGACUUCUUCUGUGUCUGCGCACCAAGCUUUGGGGGAAAGACUUGCGAAGACGUAUGUGUGAACACUGCAUUGGGCGUGAACUUCAAAGAGAAGAAAAUCCCGGAUGCACAAAUGUCUGCCCAUAUGACUCUCCCAGGUUACUUGGCAGCCAAUGGUAGGCUUAACCAUACCAAGGGUUGGGUUGGUACAGCCAAGGGGGCGUGGCUUCAGGUUGAUCUGGGCCAGCCCACUUGGGUAUACGCCGUGGCCAAUCAGAAUUCGCCAGGUGGAUUUCUCACACUGGACUACAACUUAGCCACAAGUCUGGACGGAGCCAGCUUCACAUAUAUUAAAAAUGGAACAGCUAACGAGUUGUUUCCUGGAGGUAAUACCCCAACAAGCGUCACUACAAACGUUCUGACCCAGCCGGUUCAAGCCAGAUUUGUCCGGUUUGUAACAGUCGUUGUCUCCAACAAACCGGGCCUGAGGGUAGAAGUCUACGGAUGCAAGAUUCUGUAAUGAAUAUAUUAGAAUAUAUCCAAACGAACGGAGGAUACUCGCCAAUAUACCAGACCAUACAAUAUUUAAGCUAAUACCUGCAGCUAUUCUGCAACAUAAGAAAGCAUGUGAACCAUUUUAAAGCAGUGUAUAUUUACCAAUCUGUACACAGGAUAGGUUUCGCAACGUCUGAACAAGGGCCUUAAAGACAUUUUACACCAAGUCGUCAGUUUUGCUUUUGCUCUUAUGGUACAUUGUUAUGCCAGAUGGUUAUGAAUGUUUACAUUCCUGUCAUCAAUAUGUACUAUCCAGAUUAUGACCUUCCCAUGUCAUUACAAUGAAAGGAUCGUUCCCGUAUAAAA